AUGCCUCCUCCAACCAGAUACAAGUUCCAUAUUGCAUUGAUAGUCGUGGUGGACAAGGAGAACCACAGCCAGAUUGCGAUGCAAGCUCUGCUGUCGGACAAGCGGUCGGAAUUCUUCGAGUCCGCCUUCGAGUCGUUCAAGCAGCUCUGCAAAGGAGGAACCCCGGGGGUGGUCUUCACUGACUAUGACGCAGCCGCGAUGUUGGCCAUCGCGAAGGUCUAUCCAUCGGCGCUGAACAACUUGUGCAUCUGGCACACCAUGGGGAACAUCCGGGAGCAUGGGGGGGGUCUUGAAAACGGUGUCCUUGGUCAGAUUCUUGGACUUUUCAAGGCAGCGGCGUACGCGCAAACGGAGGAGGGUAAGCACCGACUAGAAUGGCAGCCGAUGCUAAGUGGGCCACGAUCGCGUGACGUCUUGCUCCUCCUCCUUCGACGAUGCCUUUCUCCUGUUUCUCCUGUUUGCAGGUCCCGUCAGUUGGUGACGUCGUCCGUCUCGUGCCCACCAAGUUUGAGCCGUCCCGUAACGCGUGACAGGCGGGCUGGCAGAUGGGCGUCGUACGUCCACCCUGGGCUGCACACUCUCGGCAUUGCCUCCACGCAGCGUGUUGAGUCGAUGAAUGCUGCGGUGAAGAAGCUGGUGACCAGGAAGGGCGACAAUGUCCACCUCGGCCGAGCGCUCUUAGGCAAGGUUCAGGAUGACAUCAACAGGAGCCAAAGACGAAACCUGGGAGGAACGGUCGCCCGAGUGGCUGUGCAGGGACACUCGUAUGUGGAAGACUUCAGGACCAAGCACCUGCGGACGUUCAACUUCGUCCUGAACGCAGUGAAUUACGAGCAGUGCAGCCAGCACGCCACGGAGGUUAGUUGUGGCGGCCUUAGCUUGUGGCCAUGGACGGACCCAGAUCUUUUCUCCCCCAUUACACCUAACCGUGCCCCCCUCAGAUGCGGUAUGCCGUGUUGGCGGGACACUGAAGCACAGAUCCUCGGGGCUCUCCAUUACGAGGCGAAACCUGUCGUGCGUGGCGAAGAGGCGGCGCGGAGACUGUUCGAGGAGUUGGUGGCAGACCCGACGAAGGCGAACCUCACGUACGACACCGGCUCCGGAGAGUUGGUGGACCCUUCAAUACCGACGUCCGACGCCGCUGGUUUCUCCAUGGUGUCCCGCACAUCCGUGCCUCACUUCGCGGAGUUACUUCGUGACCAGAAUGUCACACGGUGGUGCGCAUCACGCCGAUCUCCACGGCGUCCGGGCGCUGUCACCUCGUCGCCCUUGGACCGGACGGCUUCUUCCUCUGCAAGUGCCUGCGGCAGCUUGUCUACGGGCUACUUUGCCCGCACGCCAUCAAGGCCUUGUGCCUGCCAAGCAUCGAUCGGAGCUGCGGGGCUGACGGGACCUGCGGGGCCUCCCGGACAGAUGCUGCCCGUCGACCCCAAUCCGAUCGUGUCGUCCCAAUCCGGAACCAACUUGUCUGCCUACGCGUAUGCCAACGGCGUCACCUUAGGGAAGGAGCUGGGUGGUAUGUUCAAAGAGGUAUCUGUGGCGAGCAUCCAACGUUUGGUGGAGUCCAUGAAGCAUUGCACCAAGCAACAAAUCGAGGUGGAGAAGCGGUCGCUACGAGACGAGUCAACGAGCCGGGUGUUCACGGGAACUCCCCCGGCCCACCCCUGCCCUGCCGCAGGGAGACGCCGGGGGGAAAGGGUGGCCCUGGAAGCAGCGGCCAGGGAAGUGGUGGCGGUAGAAACGCCGGCCGGCGAAGCGGUGGCAGGGGCGGAGGGACAGGCCACGGGCGCGCAGGGGGGGGCGGAAACUCUGCUGGUUUCGCUACGGGUACGCCGAGCAGUACCACGGGGGUUCGCCGAGCAUCCCACCCUCCGGCAGGAUCGGGCACCACCGGCGCCGCGCCUAUCGGCUUCCAGGCGACACCCGUGAACGGGGCGCACACGUCCGAGGGCUUGGCGUUGCCGUUUCGUUCCCUGGACAACGUCGACGUUCUCGUCUCGGGGGGGGGCAGGCUUCGCCACCGUUCCAGACGACCGCCCACCUUGUUCAGUUGGAGCGUCUGCAACCACCGCACCGUAAGAAGCAAACGGGGCCGAGUAAAAACGAUUCAACAGUUGUAGUGCGCCGUAGUGAAGGAGACCGUCUACCUGUAGGACACGUCAGGGAAAUGUAAAGCGUGUUACCGAUGCCUUACUCGGCGUUGCAUUCGCUUUGCUACCGUUGGCGCGCGUUGGUUUGCGCGCGCGUGUGCAUGUGUGUUGUGUGUGUUGGGAGUCUGCCAACAGCAUCUGUUGUGUCGAAUUGGGAUUAUUUCCUUCGGUAGCCGGCCUGCCGCAGCAAGGAGAAAGGUGGUUCGCUUGGAAAACCAUUGCUGUUUGGUAGGGGUGGAGGGGUGUCAUCAUGCUCCAAGAAUCAAAUGAUACAAACCAACUUUUCUUCUUCACGUCGACCGUCCGCACAAUAUGGAGACAGCAGCUGCACAAACCAUAAUGCGGCGGCCAAACACAUAAACCGCGACGAUUUGGGAUGACAUCCGCGCCGCACCUCCACGCUCUCCCCCCUAAAACAUACUAGGACACGUCCUCGAAUACCGUAUACGACACAAGAUAACACUCCCACUGGACCGAUUGUCAAAGCUCGACUACGCCACGACGAAGAGGAUGCAAGAACGAAACGAUACAUUUUUGGAGAGCUCUCGACCAGACAGCUUCAACGCCCCCGUUUUCGGCGCUGCGACUCUUUCUGCUGUUGAUAAAUCGAGCUUUCAAAAUCGGUCGAGGGGGUGUGUUAUCUUGUGUCCUAUACGGUACCUAGCCCUGGCAAAUCAAGUACCUCGACUACACUGCGACAUUUCCAAACUACGGCGUCCACAUCGUCCAUGUCCAUGUGGGUUGUCUGCUGCUGUUUUGCGUGCGCGGCUGCUGCUGCCAUAGGUAUCAAGCGGAUGCAGUCGUGUUGCUGCCGCGGUGCGACCCGUUCAAUCAAAAAAAGGGUUUGUAAGGUAUGGUUCUGGGAAUUGUUUUCCAGCUGGAGAACCAUACCUUUAAGCGGGUGUAUGUACGAGCCGCGCUAAGCAAAACAAGUUUCCUUUAAGCGGGGAGUUCCCUUGACGCGAGCGUCCUUAAAGCGGGGUCGACUUUACGCACUAAGCACGUACACGGCAUACUGGUACGCUGUGCCGUAGUCAAAGUGCCUUCGUUGCUCGAGAUUUCCCCAUUUUGCCUCCUUAGGAGGGUACCCUACUAUGGAGCACCCUCAUACAAAAGGACAUCCUCUAAUACCGAUAUAAGCGGGGGCUCCGAUACAAGAAGGUGGAGAGCCAUUGUUACACCGCCCUCUUGUAACGGAGCCACGAGUGAAAUGUGGAACGUUCGAAGGAAGCCGGAUGCAAUGCUUCCAACACCGGACCGAAGCCGGGAAGUUGGCGGGAACAGACAUCCCCAUGCGUGUAUGAAUAUUUUUUCGACACGCAUUGUAUACACGCACACUUGCCUGCAGACAGCACGUUCAGCUAUCUUGGCGCGGCCCUCUCUUUACAUUAACCCUUUUGGGUCUACAGGCGUCCUGAAUGAUCAUUGAUUGAUCACUUGCACAUGAUGGUGUUGUGGCAUGCCAUGGAGUUGUUACCCUGUAUCCCUCCACGCCAGGUGUUGGCAAGACAAUAGGUAGGUGUGUCUUUAUUUUUCGCAUCGACCGCGCUACCCGGUGACCAAUAC